CGACGGUGCGAGUGUUCGAAACCGCCAGCCAAUUCCAACGACGACGUGAACGAUGGCGUCGCCCGGCGUGACGUUGGAAGAGCUCGUGCCGGAGGUGGCUCAUGUCUUCGCGAUCCAAGAGUCGGCCUUGAUGAACUGCAUGUCGAUUCUGACGACGACCAUUUCGCGCCAGGAGGAAGAGAACAAGGCGAAAGCGACUGCAGCCGACAUCGUCCAGCUGCGCGGGGAUGUGAAAAAGGCUGCCGAGGUGGCCACCGAAUUCAAAAAGACGAUCCAGCGACUGGAAAAGAUGCACGAGAGAUUGCUUGCUGAGCUCCACGAACUGCGCCAGGAAAACGCUGCAAAGGACGCAGCGGUGGCAACGCUCGAGCGCCAGCACGAACAACACUUGAUCGCGUACGAACAGCACUUGGAGGAACUCGACCGACGGUUUGACUAUGUGUCCCGUAUCAAGGCCGAGCAGAAAGAGGUCGCGCGGAGACUCGAGAUGCAAGAGAGGAGUUACGCGGAGCUCAAGUUUGGCAUGGCGAUGCUGUCCAAGUCGAUUGGCGACGACAAUGGCGAGGUGUCUUCAAUUGUUCCCCUGGUGCCGUUGGUUCCUGUGAUCGGCCGCACCAGCCCCGAGCAUCGAUCCAUGAAGCACAUCAUGUCUGUGGCCCACAUGAACUCUCGACGGCCGACGUUGGCGACCGUCGCUGCGUUCACUGCUGCGAAUCAAGGCAAUGUUGUCAUCGACUUGAAUGACGAGUUCGAUGAGCCAGUGAUAAAAGCCAUGUCGAGAAAAUCCUCAGCCACCGACCAUGACGCGAGCGAGCGCGGUAGCCACACGGACCGAUCCGACAUGACUGUGAUGGUCGACGUGACGGCGGCAGUGCUUGCCAGACAAGGCUCGACGCUCUUGAAUAAGUCGUCUAGCAAACCAAGGUCGACGCCAAGCUCUGCAGUCCUGGCACGACGCCCAACCAUCGCGAGAUCCGCUCCUCAAACCAGCGCAAUCGGGGAAUCCAACGCAACUCCAGUGCUUGGAGCACGUAUCGUUGGCCCAAGUUUAGACACGUCGGAGAAACUUGACGACUCUGUUCUUUUGCAUCAAGCGACUCAAUCCCUCCUCGCGCCAAUCGUGCAAAGUCCCCCCGCCUUGUCGACGCAGGAUCAAGUCGAAGCAAUGGCGCCUGCUCGAACCGGUGUAGCCGACCACAACGAAGUUCGAGCUCCACUCGAGACCGAGUCGCAACAAGAAGUGGAGGCCACAGCUCUCGCGACAUCAACUUCUCUUGACGCUACGAUCGGGACACUGGCAGUGGAGGCAGUAGCCACAGGAGAGGCAGGCGAGCAGCAACGCAAAGACUCGAUUCUUCUUGUGCAUGCACCGAUAGACUUGAAUCCUCCAUCGGCCCUUAUUGUCCAAGAAGGACCUCUUCGCCCUGCUCCAGCGAUUCGAGAUGCUGAGACUAUGAUGCACACUCGUCUUUCCACCCAACCGUCGACAAGCGAACGGAGCAGUCCACUUCUACUGCCCGAAGUCGCAUCACCACGUAAGGCCAGCGUCACAGCUGGGCCGCCCCUGGCACAACUCGAUCCAGCCAUGAACGAGUCCCAAAUCGUUCCAAUGCCAGCUGCGGAGCCUACGGACUUUUUCGAGAAGGCGGCCAAUCCCGUAAAGCAGCGAUCGGUCAAACAAUUGGCCGCACCAACUGCGCCGGUCAUCCAAACCAACUUGGAACGAACAUUGACGAUGGCACUUCCCCAAAGCAAUCACUCUUUCGUCGCAGAGAAAUCUACGAGUCAAGCGAGUGUCGCUGCGGACCCACUUCCUCCCCCAGCAGACAGCGACUAUACCAGCGUGUCCGAAUCGUGUCAUGAGGCUGCCAUGAUCCGAUCCCACGCAGAGUACCGCUACUUGUGGCACUGGGCGUACUCGAACAUCAAGGCGCUCUGUCGCAUGCAUGGCAAACAAAAUGUCGAGCAGCUCCUGUCGGGCGCGAAAAAGGACACAGUCGGGUCUCGAGUGCGUCAAAUCGAAGAUGCGAUGGAUGCUGUCCACCAACACCUUCAGCACCUGCGCGACAAGGUCGACGGCCUCAACACGAUGCAAACCGACCUGGCCAAACUCCACCAGGGCACGACGGCGCUGGCCGACCAAGUGAUCGAUCUGCGGGGCGUGUGCAACCAAGUCGAAACCAACACGGUCGAGGUCAAAGCCCAGCUCCUCCACCUCGAGCGCGUCGUCCAUGAUUUUGAGCAAAGCUUCGUGGCAUCGCUGCAUGGGCCCAGUCCAAACUCCGAUUCCCCACGCCCGAUCGAACCGGCGGUGCCUGUCGCUGCUUUUGACGCCCUCCAAGCACAGGUCACCAUGUUGGAGACCUCGCUCGGUCGGUUGGACGCUUUCAUGGCGUCCUGUGCGUCUGCCGACACUGCGACCAAGAUGAAAUUGCAAGCGAUCGAGUCCACCCAAACGACCCAUGCGCAAGUGAUGGAAAAGGAGCUCGGUAAACUCGCUGAGGACAACCGAAAGAAAGCCACCGACCACAAGCGUGACCUUGACGACCUCGCGGCGUGCGUGAAUGCUGCCGUGGAUCGGCUGUACGUGUGGGUACAUUUCGUGACCGACGCCAUCCAUCUCGCUUGCUCCCCCGACGCCCCGACGGACUCGACAACGUAUCAAACACUCAUGUCAACGUUUCGGUCCAAGUAUGCCGCUCUUGGAGCGAAGCUGCUUACGUCAAAGAUGCACAGUCCCAACUCUGCGACGGACACCGCCAUUGCAGCCGUGUGCCGUCACGUCGAUGCCAUGGCCGACGCGAACGAUCGAGACGUCGACAAGUGCAUGCGUUCCGGCAUGCAGGCACUUGCUUUGUUGCUGGACAACUUGGUUGCAAGUGUCGCUGUUGACAGGACUGGGGAUGGCCGCAGCGUGCUGCCGCUCGUUCGGCUCGUGCGUGAAUCGAUCGUCGAAGCCAAAGCACUCGCGUGUAUCGGUGUCCUGUUUGGACGAUUUGGUCGCGUCCAGGUGACAGCAAACGCGCUGGCGACUGCUCUAGACGACACAAAGGGCGCCGUGGGUCGCCAGGCCAAGGAAAUCCAAGACCUCAACCUGUUGCACACUGUUGCCAAAGCACUGACGACCAAGGUCGACUACGUUUUCAAUAACACCCAGGUACGAAUCGCGCGUUCGAGAGAGCUCGUUUGUUGUCACUCGCGACCACAGAUGAUGAUCGUGGAGGACGAUUUGAAGAAGGCUGUCGCGCGGUUAACAGAUGAAAGAGAACAACUUCGCGUGGACCUGGACGCGAGCAUCAAGCAAUUAGUCGCGGCGUCCAGUGAGCUAGAAAUGACCUUGGGGCGGGAGAUGACGGCGCUGGCAAGUCGGUUGCACACAAAGGUUGACCGCGCCGAGGUCGGGAUGGCCCAUCAAACCAUGCAAGACGAAAUCGAGCGGUUGGCGAACAGCGUUGUCUCCCACGAUGAAUUUGUCGUCCUGGCAGAACGUCUCAAGCGGAAGCCCGACGCGAAUGACAUUCGGGCUUACGUGCGGCAAAAGAUCUCGUCGCUUAAGCUGGCGCAGACCGACACCAACUCGGAUGCGCCGCUCCUGGGGUCAGUGCCCGUGCGAUGCAUGUCGUGCCAAAACGUCGUCGAAGCCAAGGUGCAACCUGCGGCGUCGCACGAGGCCAAGCAACGCGAGGUGCUUCCGUUCACGACGUCGUCCAUGCGCCAUGUGCAAAAACACAAGUUGGAUGCCAUGAUGAAGGCCAAGGCUAGUCCAAAGUAGGAGAACUGUGAGGGCAGGUGCGCUUUUGCACAAACUCUUCGAGACGCAAUAAAGCGAUACGUGGCAAUUACGAACUCCA